AUUGCUUUCUCUCUUACUCUUUCUCACUCUAAAACUCAAUUUCUCUCUCUCUCUCUCAAAAUAUCUACCAACACAAUACAUUACCCCCCUCCCCCCACAUUAAUACUCAAUUGAGACAAAGAAUCUCACAAAAACAACCAACAGUACCAUCUUCUUCUUCAUCAUCAUUCAUAGAACAACAAAUAUAAAAAAAGAAAAAAAUGAAAAAAAAACUAUGAAGAAGCCGAUAAUCUUUUCCAUCAGUUGUCUUUAACCUUUUUUUGGCCCCUUGCUCAAUCUCAAUCUUUCUGUCUCUCUCUCUCUCUCUUUCUCAUCCAAAAACAAAAACACAACCCUAAGAAGAGCUAAGAUUAAAUUAAUAUAUUAAAAGCUCCUCCACAUCAUCGUCAACAUCAUCAAAAAUCAUGAGCAGCCUGGAAGAGUCUUUGAGAUCUCUAUCGCUGGACUAUCUGAACCUGCUGAUCAAUGGGCAGGCCUUCAGCGACGUGACCUUCAGUGUGGAAGGCCGUCUAGUCCACGCCCACAGAUGCAUCCUGGCGGCACGGAGCCUCUUCUUCAGGAAAUUCUUCUGUGGACCCGACCCGCCAUCGGGGCUGGACCCCGUAUCCGGUUCGAGGAUGACGAAUUCGGGUACGUCGACGUCUAGACCGGGGAACACGCAGGUGAUACCGGUGAACUCGGUGGGAUACGAGGUAUUUCUGCUGCUGCUGCAGUUUUUGUACAGUGGGCAAGUGUCCAUAGUACCGCAGAAGCAUGAGCCCAGGCCUAAUUGUGGUGAGAGAGGCUGUUGGCACACGCAUUGCACUUCAGCCGUUGAUCUUGCUCUUGAUACUCUUGCUGCCGCUAGAUCUUUUGGUGUUGAACAGCUCGCAUUGCUCACUCAGCAGUUGGCAAGCAUGGUCGAAAAGGCCUCAAUUGAGGAUGUAAUGAAAGUUCUACUAGCAUCCAGAAAGCAAGACAUGCACCAACUUUGGACCACCUGUUCUCACCUCGUUGCCAAAUCUGGACUCCCACCAGAAGUCCUAGCCAAGCACCUUCCCAUCGAUGUCGUGGCGAAGAUCGAAGAGCUCCGUCUCAAAUCCUCCCUGGCCCGCCGUUCCCUGAUGCCUCAUCACCACCACCACCACCACCACCACGAUCUCGGCGCCGCGGCGGAUCUGGAAGACCAGAAGAUUAGGCGAAUGAGGAGGGCAUUGGAUUCGUCCGAUGUGGAACUGGUGAAGCUAAUGGUAAUGGGAGAAGGGCUGAAUCUGGAUGAAGCGUUGGCAUUGCAUUACGCAGUGGAGAAUUGCAGCAGAGAAGUGGUGAAAGCAUUGCUAGAGCUUGGAGCAGCUGAUGUGAAUUACCCGGCUGGGCCAGCAGGCAAAACCCCACUUCACAUUGCGGCAGAAAUGGUGUCCCCCGACAUGGUAGCAGUACUCCUCGACCACCAUGCCGAUCCAAAUGUUCGAACAGUCGAUGGGGUCACACCUCUAGACGUACUUCGAACCCUAACAUCGGAUUUCUUGUUCAAAGGGGCUGUCCCGGGUCUCACGCAUAUCGAGCCAAACAAACUUAGGCUCUGCUUGGAGCUCGUGCAAUCCGCUGCUCUUGUACUUUCGAGGGAAGAAGGCAAUGCCAAUGCUCCUUCAUCGACUACAAUUUAUCCCCCCAUGAGCGAUGAUCAUAGCAGUAGCAGCAAUAGCAGCAAUAUUGCCAAUCUGAAUCUGGAUUCCAGGUUGGUUUAUCUGAAUCUUGGUGCUUCUGCGGCUUCCGCUCAAAUGGGAUCGAGAAUGGAUGGGGAUGAUGAUCAUAGCAGCCACAAUAGCCACAGAGAAGCCAUGAAUCGGCAUGGGUCAGGCGGUUGUGACCCAACAAUGUACCACCAUUCUCAUGACUAUUGAUUAGCUAAAAAUCUUUCAUAUUAUUAUUUUCUCUUUCUCUCUCAUUCUCUCUCUCUCUCUAUAUAUAUAUUUAUAUUCAUAAAUAUAUAUAUUCUCUUGGAUUGAGAAGGACGGAGCAAAAAGUUCAUGGAAAUUUAAUCUCCCACGGAGAUUAUUGGAUUAUAUAGUUUCUUGUCGGUCUUUUCACUUGAUUUUGUUUUGCUUUUAUAUAUACAUAUAUAUAUAUAUAUAACAUAUAUAUAUAUAUAUUUUAUCUC